AUGGAAGCGAGGAAAAGGAGAAACCCAUUUCAUUUAAGGGGCAGAGCGAAAGCCCAGUGGCCGCCUUGUCAAUUCAUCAAACAGGAAGAAUUGAAGUCUACUGAAGGUCUUCAACCUGCAUCUAGAUGCUGCAAAGAGGUAGCUGACUAUGUGGUCGCCAAGUCAGAUCCCUUGAUACCAACAUAUAAGAAGCACCGCCGUAGAUGUCAAUUUUGGAAAUGGCUCUGUGGAUUCCCUUGUUGUAAGUUAUCAUGGAUUUGCUGUUGUUGUUAUGCUGGAUGCUCGAUCCAUCUCGAUAUCCCACCAUGCUGCAACUGUGGUAAUCCAUGUAAAUGCCUAUCGUGUGGCAGCUGUAAAUUACCGAAGUGGCAGUGUUGCGGUAAGGGUUGUGGGGAGUGUGGGCAGUGUUGCACUUGUCUAACACUACCCCAAUGCUCAUGCUGCUCUUGCCCAACCAUCUCAUGCGGCCAAUGUUGUUGCCAUUUUUCAUUACCUUCAUGCCCUGAAUGCCCAUGCUGCGAAUGCAAAUGCAAAUGCAAAUGCUCGUUAGGAAAAUGUCCAAAAAUACAACCUUGUUGCUGUUUUGGUAGCAGAAGCUGCUACGGCUGUACAGGAAAGUGCUGCUGUAACCCAUGCCACUUGUGUUGCUAGCCACACCACUGCUCGGUCCCUUAAUGUUAGCUUUCUUCUUCGCUUGGCAGACCCGUUUAUCUCCAUAUCCUUUGGGAACCUUGGAGCAGUUAAGUUGUGUAGUGGAAUGUCAACUAGUCCCAGGAAUGUAAAAAAUAAGGUAACAGUGUUUGCUAAGGAAGUGGUUUGCUGAGUCAAAAUGAUGCUUCCAGUUGUGAGUUUAGCAGCAACUGCAACUGUGGGUGGGUGAUGCAAUCAGCAAAAACUGGAGCUUCUGGCAGCAACAGUGAGAAGAAUGGGCAAUCCCGAAUUCCUUACCUGCACAAACUGAGAGAGAGGUCAGCUCAGGUCCAUACAAUCAUAAAAAACGUCAGUUUGGUUUUCUGGGGAGGGAAGGGGGUCCCAUGCCACUGCUAUAUCAUAAUAAUCAAUUUUUUACCUAACAGUAUUAGUUGAUGUAGAGGCCUUUUUCUGAAUGAAUGAGAUCAAUAAUGCAAGAUUUUAAACUUUUCACCGCACCAAUGUUUGCUAAUGUAAUUUGGUUGGCAAUUGAAAUUGAGACCUCAUCUUUAAGGCCUUGAAGGACAGAGGGCUUUCUGUG